AUGGUGUCCAAGGGUGUCACAGCGCUUUUGAUUCUGAGCACUGCUCUGCAAGGGCUCGCUCAAAGCCAAGCCCGGAUUCCCGUCACCGGCGCCCCCGUCAGCCAGCAACCCGGGGUGGGAGCGCCUCUGAGGCGGUCCAUCAAUGACCUCCAGGCGGCUGGAGGGCCUCAGUGGGAUUUAUAUAUCCUCGCCCUUUCGUCUUUGCAGCUGGACAAUGACGAACAAGAACUGAGCUACUUCCAAAUCGAGGGAAUCCACGGCGUGCCGUUUAUCGAAUGGAACGGAGCCGGGCCUCGCGUCAACGGCAACUGGGGGGGAUAUUGUCCUCACAAUGAGAAUAUAUUCCUAUCAUGGCACCGAGCCUACGUUGCUCUCUUCGAGCAGACCCUGGUCGCGAGAGCCAAGCAGCUGGCGCUGAUGUACCCGCCCAACCUUCGGGCCCAAUACGUCCAAGCCGCAGAGUCCCUUCGACAGCCCUACUGGGACUGGGCCAGUGAUCCCAGAGUGCCCCCUUCAACUGUCUCGCCAUCCGUCACCGUAGUGCACCCCUCUGGAGGGCAGCGAGUCAACAUUGAAAAUCCGUUGUACAGUUUCCGAAUCCCGCCAGCCGUGUUGAACGGCAAGUACGGAACAUUCGACGCUCAAAGGAGGCCGCAAACUCUUCGCUGUCCAGCUCCAAACUCGUAUCCCGCCUCUGCAAACGCCCUGAUGUCGCAGAGGCCGUAUAGGCAGUGGAUGUAUGACGUCUUGACCCGUGCUCGCGACUUUACCGAGUUUUCCUUGGGUGGCAACAUCACGAGCCUUGAGCAAAUCCACAACGCGGUUCACUGGGACGCCGGAUGCGCCGGCAUGUUCCUAGACACGGGGGUCACAGCCUUUGACCCUCUAUUCAUGCUUCACCAUUCAUUUGUAGAUCGGAUCUGGGCGUUCUGGCAAGCCCUGCGGCCAGACCAGGAUGUCUUUUCAACCCCGUAUGCGGCGCGGGCUCGCUUCUCGACGGCGGCGGGAACUGCCAUCGACUUCAACUCGCCGCUUCAACCCUUUUUCCAUCGAAGCGGCGCUUUCCACACAACUCUCUCUGUGAGAGCCAUCUGGGAGUUCGGCUACGGCUACGAGGGAUUGGAGUGGUGGGCAAAGUCGGCGGACCAGAUGCGGCAAGACGUCAUCAACAUCGUGAAUCGACUGUACUCGACAGGCCGGCCGGCUUCAGGGGCCAAGCGACGCUCCGAGGAGGCAACUACACGUUACUUUGCAACGGUGUCGCUCGACAUCGCGCAGGUGGAGCGCCCUUGCCAGGUCGUGGUCUAUGUCGAUGGGACAAGGGCGGGCAGUCUCGUCAUCAUGAACCGGCCGCAGAGUGGCGUCGUCCGGACGGGCUUCGGGCUCGACGGUGUCGGGGAAGAUGCAAUGCAGGCCAUUGUCGACGGCAAGGCCGGCGGCUCGGCAAACUCUUCGGUCGAGGUCGAGAUCGUCAAGCCCGAUGGGAGCAGAGUUCCACUGAACAAGGUUACGAGUCUCAAGGUUGAGGUGCAAGCCGUUGGCAUGACACCCGCGUUGAGCCUGGACCAGCUACCCGAAUACGGAUCGUCGAGGCGACACAAGGUUCAUGUGAGUGAGGUGAAGGCCGAGAAGCAUUGA